AUGACAAUACAUAAUCCAACACCUUUUAUGAAUCUAGUAGCCUCUUACCUCCAACAAUCAUCUAACUUAAUAGCUCAACCCACUAUCCCGGACCCUGUCGGAGAACCGAUAAAGAAAUUAACUUCUUUAAUGGAAGAAUUAGUAGUGUCGUUAAAAAGUAAUUCCAGAGGAAAUCAACAACAAAAUCGGAAUAAUACGCCAUUCUGUGGAAAUCGUGCACAGAUCACAUGUUUCGCCUGUAGACAGCCGGGACAUAUUGCCUCUGAAUGUCUUAUAGUGAUAAAUAACAAUAAUAAUAAUCAACAACCUUAUGGAACGGAAGGACAAAGAAAGUCAACGAAGAACUCGAGACUUGCAUG